CACUUCCCUUUUGGGACUGUUCGCUCCACACCACCCCGCCUCUCCGCCUAAAUACCCUGACCACCUGCUCCUCGCCUAGUCGUCGACCGCCUCAACUCCUUCUGCUUUGCUCAAGCCGCCGCCUCUCUCCAUCCUCAGCAUGUUCAAGCUCUUGGUCACUGUGGCGCUUGCCGUUGGCGCUCUCUGCCAAUACUCUCCUCCUGCCAACUCGACCUCGACUUUCACCAACCCCAUCGUCGACACGGGUGCUGAUCCUUGGAUGUUCCGCCAUGGUGACUUCUACUACAUGACCUACACCAACAACGUCAACAUAACUCUCUGGCGCAGCAAGUCCAUGACAGACUGGAACGGCGCAGAGUCAAAGACCAUCUUUCACCCGGAGCCCAACAAGCCCUACUCAACUGACCUGUGGGCUCCGGAAAUCCAUCAGAUUGGCAGUGCUUGGUGGGUCAUCUUCACUGCCGAUCCCAAUUAUGACUCGCCUCCCCCCGAGGUCGAGAUGUGGUGCGAAUACAACUGUCCCGCCGUCAAUCACCGCAUGUUCGUCGUGGCUGGUGAAGGUCAAGAUCCGUGGACUGCUACCUAUCGGUACCAUGGCCAACUCGAGACUUAUGAUCAAUUCGCUAUAGAUGGGACAUACUUCCAGUACAGGGAUCAGCUGUAUCACAUCUACUCCUGCUGGUACCGUAAGUACGAUGGCUGGCCAGCCAACCUCUGCAUCACCAAAAUGUCGGAUCCCUCUACAACCACCUCACCCUUCUCAGAGCGCCAGGUCAUCUCGGUGCCAGAGUAUGCGUGGGAGAAGACGCCUUUUGGUCGCGCAAGUAACGAUCGCCUCUCGUCUAACGAAGGUCCUCAACAGCUCACCAACCCUACCACGGGCCAAAACUUCCUCAUCUACAGCGCCGCCCGCUCAGAUAAUCGCAACUAUUGCCUUGGCCAGCUCGAGCUUGUUGGUGACGACCCAAUGAAUCCCAGCGACUGGCGGAAGCACCCAUAUCCCGUCUUCUAUCAGAACCCUAGCGAGUCUGCGUAUGGUGUUGGCCAUGCGUCCUUUACCACUUCUCCCGACAACACCGAGAACUGGAUCGUCUAUCAUGGAAUGAAAGAUCCGACCAACGGCUGGAGUGCCCGUACGAUUCGCGCUCAAAAGUUUGACUGGAACGAGGACGGUACGCCCAAAUUCCCAAAGCCAGGCUAUGGGCCUUACCAGGUUCCUAGUGGUCAGUAAAUCGUGAUGUUGUGCGAUAUCUGGAUAGUGCAUAGCCCAUUGGCAUGUUAUUUAUUUCCAUUACCAUGAUCAGUUUCCAUGUGUUUUAUGGUAUCAGUGUUUCCUAUUCGAGAUGAUCUCUGCAAGGUGGACCAUACACUUCUAG